UCCCCAGGGACCGGGACCGGGAGCGGGUGAGCGGCGGACUUGGAGGUUCAGCAACCGCGAUCCAGACGGCGGCGAUGGACGGCGACGGGGUCGAGGCGAGCACAACGGCGGCAUGGAUCGAGAGGCACCGGCAGAUGUACGAGCGGGCCACGCGGCACCCGUUCACCGUCUCCAUCCGCGACGGCACUAUUGACUUGUCCACCUUCAAGCGCUGGCUGAGCCAGGACUACCUGUUUGUGAGGGAAUUUGUCGCAUUUGUAGCUAGUGUACUGCUUAAGUGUUGCAAACAAGACAGUUCAGACAUGGAAAUUAUCUUGGGUGGAGUAGCUUCUCUCAAUGAUGAGCUCUCUUGGUUCAAGAAUGAAGCUGCCAAAUGGGGUAUCGAUCUAGCAAGUGUUUCACCGCUCCAAUCUAAUAUGGAGUACCACAGGUUUCUUCAAAGCUUUACAGAGCCAGAGAUUAGCUAUGCUGUUGCUGUAACUACCUUCUGGAUAAUUGAAACCGUGUACCAGGACAGCUUCGGUUUCUGUAUAGAAGAAGGUAAUAAGACGCCACCGGAGCUCCUGGGCACCUGCCAGAGAUGGGGCAGCGCUGAGUUCAAACAGUACUGCCAGUCUCUGCAGAGAAUCGCGGAUCGCAGCUUGGCAAAUGCGCCUGCUGAUGCUGUCAAGAGCGCUGAAGAGGCCUUCAUCAGGGUACUCGAACUGGAAAUUGGUUUCUGGGAAAUGAGCUCUUCUCAGUCUUAACUGGCAACGUAUACUCGAACGAAAUAAAUGGCUGCGGCCUCAGACCCAAGCAUGAAACAUGUACUGUAUUUUCCCCUGUAUAUUGGUUUCAUCUAGCUCCUGUAUGGCUGUAUCGUUGUCACCUGACAAGUACAUUCCCCUGCGGGCUCAGACAUAAAGAACUGAAAUAAUGUUGCCUUCUGA